AGAGAACGCCUCUUACUCCGCCCCCUCCUCGGCAGCAGGCUCCGCGGCGGGCUCCUCGACCGGCUCCACGGGAUCCGGCGGAAGUUCGAAAGUAAGCGGGACGAGCGCGUCGGGGUCCGGCCCCGCCUCGGGCUCUGCCGCCUCCUCGCCCUCCUCGCCCGCCUCCUCGUCCGUCGGCUCGCGCGGCGGCCUCGGCGGCUCGCCCACGCGCACGACGACGUACGUCUUCCGGUGGCCGAGGACGUCCUUCGCGUUCCGCUUCGGGUCGCCCCUCAAAUUCAGAGCCGCGCCGCCCUCCUCCUGGAGAUCGACGGCGUCCAAACCCUUGAAGAGGCCCACGCCAUUUAUCAAAGCGUCCUUCUGGGCCGUCCGCACCUUUUCAAGUUCCUCGAGCCGCGCGACCUUCGCCGCCGCGGCCUCCGCCGCGGCCGUCGCCUCGGCGCGCUCCGCGACGGCCGCCUCGUCCUCGGCGUCGACCUCGCCCUCCAGACCGCGAUUGAUUCUAUCAAAGGAGGCCCGCGCCCGGGCGAGGUCGUUCGCGACCUCGCCCACGAAGGCCGACACGCGCGCGUCGGCCUGCCGCGCGUAGGCCUCCGUGUCCUUCACAGCGCGCCUUCUUACAUAGUCGAGCAGCGUCGCGCUGUCGCAGUCGGGGUUAAAGACCGCCGGCGCCAUGGAGGCCUCGCCGUACUUCACGUGGACGAGCACCAUGCUGGUUUUAUGCUGCGGGGCAGCCUCUUUGCCAUGCAGCGCCAGCCUCUCGCAGCUUCGCGG